AUGGCAGAUGUUCGAUCAUUACUCCGGAAUGAGCUCGCCGCCCGCAAGGGCUCAUCCCAGGCAGGGAGCAGCGCAACGAACCGUGUGACCAAAAAGCGCAAGGUAGACCCAGCAGAUGAUUUGAGGCGCAAGAGGAUGAGGGCAAAUGUGCCAUCUGGUCCGUCGACCGCGCAUACCGUACAACCACCUAGUGCACGAGCUAUCGAGGAGGAGGAGGAGAUCGAGGGAUCAGAGCAAGACAUCGCCGGACCGCAGCCGCCAUCUGACAUCGCACUUGAGCAGCCAACUGCUCAACCCGAUGUACACCCAUCAGAUACGUCUCUUGUAGCCGCCGAACCGCCUGCCCCGACCACUCAAACCAUCGAUGAGGAUGAAUGGGCCGCUUUCGAGCGCGAAGUUGUCGCCCCCACCCGCAUGCCGCAUCGACCGGCUGCGCUCGCCGCAGAAGCGACCAUAUCAGCAGCGCCAGUGUCUGCAGACGAGCUCGCUGCCCAGCAGCAGAAAGAGACCGAAGCGAUCAAGAAAAGCCGUGAGGCUGAGGUCGAAGGAGAAAGGGAGGAUGCAGCGCGAUUUAUGGAAGACGAAUUCGAUGAAAUGGAGCAAUUAGAAGAGCGCGUCAGACGUCUGAAGCACAAGCGUGAAGAGCUGAGGAAAUUAAGGACCAUGGAAGAUGCAGAAAUGCAGAGAAUGGACGAACCUCCUUCCGCUGCUAGCCCGUCAGGGGACCAACAAAAUCCACCUGCAGGCGACGCAAAUGAAGAUGAAGACGAUGAAGACGACGAUGAUGAUUAUGACGAUGACUGGGACAAUUGGAGAUUCAAAUGA